UGCUACUCUGUAUAUUUGAUCCGCCAUUCUCUGUCGUUGCCAUCGUCGACAUUGUCUGCUCUCCAGCACGGGUAUGCGAUUCGCGACUGGAGUCUUGGAUGCGUUGCUCGAGAUCAGACCGAGGUCAUUGCAAUCCAAAUUCGCAACCGAUUUGAGCGAGGUGGUGGUGCUGGACUUUUGAUGCUUCUGGAGAGUGGCGAACAAAAGACUUUCUUGUGGAGUUGAGGCAAGAGGGACGAGGAAGAGCAGGUUGGCGAGAGAGGAAGCGUGUAUGUCUGACAGUGCGAGUCUAGGGAAGGAAUAUCAGGGCAUCGGGGUGCUCGAAAAUCCUUGCCAAUGGCCUCACGUACGGAGUCGUCGAAGAUUUGCUGCUACUCGCCCGCCUCUCCUCUCGAGGACACCGAAUCGGACGCCUCCUCAACCUCGUCUUACUCUGAAUCGUCUUCGUCGCGCAGUACCACGGGUGGUGGAGGCCUUCAGUCUCAACCAGUUUCAGGGGAGGAGAUGAUGGAAGAAGAGAUUCCCCUCAAAAAUAUCCAGAUUCCUCGCGGGUCCCUGGAUUCUGCAGCCAUAGUCGCUGGAAGUGCCUUGAAAGGGCCGCCUGUGUUGAGGUCUCAGACAGCACACCCCUUGAAUCCUCUGAGUCCCACGGAGAUUGCUGUUGCUAUAAGAACUGUUAGAGGGGCAGGGGAAACGCCUGAAGUGCGGGAUGGGAUGCGAUUUGUGGAGGUAGUGCUUAGUGAACCAGAAAAACAUGUGGUAGCCAUGGCAGACGCGUACUUCUUUCCUCCAUACCAACCCAUGCUGUUCACGCUCAAAGGAAAAUCAUCCUUAUACCCAUUACGUCUACCACACAGGCGGGCUAGGCUUGUUGUGUAUAAUAAAAAUACAAAUAUGACCAGCAUAUGGGUGGUGGAACUUAGUGAAGUUCACGCUGCUGCUCGUGGAGGACAUCAUCGUGGAAAGAUCAUAUCUUCCAACAUAGUUCCAGAUGUUCAGCCUCCUAUGGAUGCUGUGGAGUAUGCUGAAUGUGAAGCACUUGUAAAAGAGCAUCCAGCUGCCAUUGAAGCCAUGAAAAGAAGGGGGAUUUACGACAUGGAUCUUGUUAUGGUGGAUCCUUGGUGUGUGGGGUAUUACAGUGAAAAGGACUCACCAAGCCGAAGGCUUGCCAGACCAUUGAUCUUUUGCAGAACAGAGAGCGAUUGUCCUCUUGACAAUGGAUAUGCACGACCUGUGGAAGGCAUACACGUGCUUGUAGAUAUGCAGAAAAUGGAGGUUGUAGAGGUAGCGGACAAUAAUCUGGUUCCACUACCAGCCCCAGAUCCUCUGAGAAAUUACACAGCUGCUGCUACGCGCGGGGGUGUGGAUCGGAGUGAUAUAAAGCCAUUGCAUAUAUCUCAACCUGAAGGACCUAGCUUUCGUGUGAACGGAUAUGCAGUGGAGUGGCAAAAGUGGAAUUUUCGGAUCGGAUUCACACCAAAAGAAGGUUUGGUUAUUCACACGGUUGCUUAUGAAGAUGGUAGUCGAGGAAGACGAUCAAUUGCACAUCGUUUGAGCUUCGUGGAGAUGGUGGUUCCCUAUGGAGACCCUAAGGACCCGCAUUAUAGGAAGAAUGCAUUCGAUGCGGGAGAAGAUGGGCUAGGAAAGAACUGCCACUCGUUAAAACGGGGUUGCGAUUGUCUUGGCUUAAUUAAGUACUUUGAUGCACAUUUUACCAACUUCCAUGGAGGAGUUGAAACGAUAGAAAACUGUAUUUGCAUGCACGAAGAAGAUCAUGGCGUGCUGUGGAAACACCAAGACUGGCGAACUGGUUCUGCAGAAAGCCGUCGGUCUCGGCGAUUGUCCGUUUCGUUUUUCUGCACUGUUGCCAACUAUGAGUAUGGUUUCUACUGGCAUUUCUAUCAGGAUGGAAAGAUAGAAGCUGAAGUGAAGCUUACUGGCAUAUUGAGCUUGGGUGCCCUGAACCCGGGCGAGAAUCGCCGGCAUGGCACUGUGAUUGCACCUGGCCUCUAUGCACCAGUACAUCAACAUUUUUUCGUUGCUCGGUUGAACAUGGCGGUUGACUCAAACCCCGGUGCGGGGCUAAAUCAGGUGGUGGAAGUGAAUGUGAAGGUAGAAAAGCCAGGACCUAGUAAUCCACACAAUAAUGCAUUCUAUGCCGAGGAAACUCUAUUGCGCUCAGAACAAGAAGCUCAAAGGGACUGCAAUCCCUUCAGCGCCCGACAUUGGAUCGUUCGAAACACAAGGACAUUCAAUCGAACAGGGCAUCUCACGGGCUACAAGCUUGUGCCAGGCUCCAAUUGUCUACCACUUGCUGGUCCAGACGCGAAGUUUUUGAGACGCGCUGCGUUCCUGAAGCAUAACCUGUGGGUGACUCAAUAUUACCCUGACGAGAUCUUUCCCGGUGGAGAGUUCCCAAACCAAAAUCCACGGGUGGGUGAGGGUCUUCCUACUUGGGUGAAGCAGGAUCGAAAACUGGAGGAAACAGAUAUUGUUCUUUGGUAUGUAUUUGGAGUCACUCACAUACCUAGACUGGAAGAUUGGCCAGUUAUGCCUGUGGAGCACAUUGGAUUCAGUUUGGUGCCACAUGGGUUCUUCAAUUGCUCACCUGCAAUUGAUAUUCCGCCAUACGACUCAACAGACGAGAACAGUCACAAGGAGACUCCCAUGAAAGGAAGCCAGCCAGAGAUGGUACCAGGAGGUCUUCUUUCAAAAUUAUAAACAUGCUCCUUGUAGCUUAACCUGCAACGUUACUGGGCAUGCAGCUGUGGCAGUGGUAGAUUUUGGAGGAGUGACUUGCAUACUAAAUCAUUUAUUUUGAAUGAUGUCUACACCACUAGAUGUACUCUGUACUUGGCGCUGAUCCUGGCCGCCUAUUCAAACGUAGGAUUAAGCAGAUCAUGUGGUUCGUUUGCUCUUUCUGUGUCUUGCAUUCCAUGUUGUGUUGGUGUUACAUUUCUUGCAGAGGGCCUUUUUCCUUCUGCUUAAAAUGGCACUUACAGAAUUGUUCAAAGGGGAAUCGGUCUUUAACUUUCUCGAUCCCAAGUGUAAGGCCUUAGUGUGUUCGGAGAUGAAUAUUGAUCAUCACUGUACUAUUUCUUGACAUUACAUUGUUCCGAAUGAAGGACUUUUUCUAAGCA